ACAAGGUCGUAGAACGCAAAUACUUUGGGAGGGAGUACGGUUUGUGCUCAGGGGAUGGUAAUUGUUCAUGGAAUCCCUGCCUUCUAAUGUUUUGGAAAAGAUUGUGUCUCUCCUGCCCCUUACUGAUCAGAAGGCUGCAUCAUUAACAUGUCGAAAACUUUACAUUACUCUCUCACAAAGUAUUUUCCUACUGAAACGACGUUACAUUUUGCGGGAGUCAAUAGCAAAAACAAAUUUUUUAUUUUGUGAUUCAAACUUUAUCAAUGGUCGGGAUUCAGAAUCUACCCAACUUAACUUAUAUAGCCCAUCUGUUUCACGUUGCUGGAGUAACUGGAUAACCAGUUUAUCUUUCAAGUAUUCACACCCAGAUCCAAUAGAACUUACCUUCCUUUUGCAAAAAUGCCCACGCCUUCAGUCGCUUGAUCUGACUGAAUGUGACAAUUUGUUCGAUAUAUCCUUGUGCACAAGUACGUUCUUAUCUGAAGCUGCUGACAGAAAUGCCAUCAGCGAAUGUUUAAAUAGCUCAACAAUCAAACUUACACUGGCUAAUAUAUCUACCUUAAAUGAUGUUCAUCUUAAAAACCUAUUUGAGACGUUUCGCGGUGUACGUGACAUUGACCUUAGUGGCUGUCUGUUAGAUUUUAACUCUUCAAGCGUAGACUGUGAAAGCAGUUUAACAUUCGCCAACCUCCUCUCUCUCAUAAGUGGUUUGGGAAUAAACAGCAGUUUCAAAAAACCGUGUGGUGGAACGUUACGUCUAAAUUCUACAUCUAUAAAUGACAUGUCGUUGUCUGCUUUAGCAACCACACCUGGACUAUAUUUAUGUGGCAUAUAUUUGGAUAAUUGUCGAGAAUUGUCAGAUGGUGGAUUGUUAUCGUUAAUCAUGUCAAACAGUGUGUCAAAUUGCCUCAAAGAGAUUUCAUGCGGUUAUCCUGGACACAGAGUGACGUUUCGUGUUGCCGAAGCUCUACUGAAACGAUUUGCUAAUACUCUGACUUAUGUUAGGCUUACAAAUUGGUCAUUCUUAGCGAAUCCACGUAUUUGUUCUCUUCUUCAAAAGUGUUUAGCUAUUGAGUACCUUGAUGUCACCUCUUGUUUUACCUGUUCAAACCUCUUGACCCGUAGUUUUUCACUUCAUUUCGGUCGACUGACAGGUCUGGUACUCUCAGGUCAUUCUGAUUUGAGUGACGAAGAUCUAAACACGAUAUUCAAAAAUCUUAAUGGUCACCUGAAACUACUGGAUGUUAGCUCUUGUGUGUGUCUCACUGAUCUAUCGUUGUCUGCAGUUUACACUUACUUUCCAUGUUUGGAAACAUUACUUGCAAGAUGGUGCAAAGGAUUUACGGAUUCAGGCAUUUGUAAUAUACGGACAGAUAUUUCCAGUGUUUCGGACCCAGGAUUGUUCGGUUUGAAGAAUCUCAAAUCGGUUGACCUUUCUGAUUGUGGGAAAAUAACUGGUUCAUCGUUUACCUGCAAAUAUGUUGGUAAUUUUAAGAUGCAGAAGCUUCAAUCUUUUCGUAUCGGUCGCAUAGGUUCAUUACGUGGUAGUAUUCUGGACUCGAUUCCGUAUAUUGCUCCUCAGCUGCGUAUUUUAGAUAUUUCUCGCUCAUCAGCAGAUGAUGAAACAGUUAAACUGUUAACAUACAGACUUCAAAAUACCUUAAGAGAAUUAUUUGUUUCAGGUUGUGAAAAUUUAACUGACCAGUGUCUAGUCAACAUUUUUCAUAAUAUUCCUUUCUUGCAAAUACUUGAUGUCUCGUUUUGCUCUUUUAUUUCACAAGAAGCUGUGUCUACCUUUAGAAAGUCGAUGCCGUAUUUGCAUUAUGUUAAAGCAAUAUAUAUUGGUUCCCGUCUAAGAAGCGCCCAGUUUAUUUAGUUAUUGCCUAUUUUUUAUCUUUUCCUCCCUCCAAGCCCCCGGUUUUAUUUUUACAGUGGCUUUUAAACGCCGUAACAUAUGUUAUUCGUAAGCGCCCCAAUAAUUGAUUUAUCUUUUCAGUUUGUUAUUAUUUUGUCGCCAGCAUUUUUACUUGUGAUCUCGCUGUUAACUUUAUAUUUCUUUUGACUAGUGUGCAUUUCAAAAGUUACUUAAAUUUUGUAUUACUUUUCUUUACUGUUCUAAAGUUUUUUCUGAAUUAAAAGUGAGAGUGUUUUUAUGUUUUUCUUCCCGAUGAUGUCCGUAUAAUCAAUCAUUUGUUGUUAAUGACUUGAAAUUCUCUGGUUAUUUGAUGGAGUUUUUGUAUCUUUUUGCACCUUCAUUCAGAAUCAAAGUAACUAUAUAACCGCAACAGC